CGGCCGGAGCUGGUAACGGUAACGGGCCUGCGCGGGGGGAGGAGCCGGGCUGGGGGGGGCUGAGGCGGGGCCGGUGCCGCGCGUCUCUGCGGCGGGGAUGGCGCUGUGGCUGCCGCGUUCCCGGGGUCUCCGCGCGGGGGAGGGGCCGGAGCCGGAGCCGGACCCGGACCCGGACCCACCCCCACCCUGCGCGCCCCGCCCGCCGGACCCGCAGAUAUAUGGUCAUGGGAUUGAAUUGGCUUGCCAAAAACAAAAGGAGUUUGUGAAGAGCUCUGUGGAAUGCAAAUGGAAUUUAGCAGAAGCUCAGCAGAAACUUGGUAGUUUAGCAUUGCAUAAUUCUGAGUCCCUCGAUCAGGAACAUGCCAAAGCACAGACUGAUGCUUCAGAAUUGAGACAGAGGGAGGAAGAAUGGAGACAGAAAGAAGAGGCAUUAAUACAGAGGGAAACACAAAAUCUGUGGAAUGCAGAUUCUGUUAGCAAGGAUGUAUUUAAUAAGAGUUUUAUUAAUCAAAAGAAAAGAAAAGAAAUAGAAGAUGAAGACAAAUCCAAAUCAUUCAUGCAGAAACAUGAACAAAAAAUUAGGCAUUUUGGCAUGCUAAGCAGAUGGGAUGAUAGCCAGAGAUUUUUGUCUGACCAUCCAUACCUUGUAUGUGAAGAAACAGCUAAAUAUCUCAUCUUGUGGUGUUUUCACCUAGAAGCUGAACAGAAAAGAGCUCUGAUGGAACAAGUAGCACACCAAGCAGUUGUUAUGCAGUUUAUUAUAGAAAUGGCCAAAAGUUGUAAUGUGGAUCCCCGAGGCUGUUUUCGUCUAUUUUUCCAAAGAGCAAAAGCAGAAGAAGAAGGUUAUUUUGAGGCUUUUAAAAAUGAACUCGAAGCAUUCAAAUCAAGAGUGAAAAUCUCUUCACAAUCACAAAGUUUUCAGGCAAUGUCAGUUGAGAAUCCUGUUGCCCAUAUUGGUCUCAGUUCCUUAGGCAUGUUGGAGUUUUUGCCACAGACUGAAGACUCUCUUCAAAGCUGCGUAAACACAGGUCUCUUUAAUUUAAACUCAUUGGUACACCGAGAUGAUGAGGAACCCAAAAUGAUGGACACAAUAUAGUAAUGUUAAGACCGAGGCCAAGUACUUUUGUUACAAAGAAAAGAACGUGGCUAUUUUCUUGACACUUACUUUUCUGAGUGCUGCACUUUAUUUUUUGUGUUUGUUUUUUGGAAGGAGGGUAAUCCAGAAACACAUUUGUCAUUUUGUUUGAAAAUGUGCUGCUAGAUUUUUGGUUCCCUUUUAGGAGAGGGGUUCUCAUGUUACCGAAUGUGAAACUGGAUGUUUUUUCUGCUACUUAAACUUGCCUUUAUUCUUAAUUUUAGGAAUCAAAGUAUGACAAACAAAUCUGCACAAAUACAAUGUUUACGAAAAGUGGUUGAUUCUAGUUGGAAUCUGCUAUAGUCUUUUAUUAUAGACAUGGAUGUGUCUUGCUCUGUGAAUACUAAAGAUCACAAUUGUACUCAUGCUAUACUGCUGACAUAGUAAGCACUCAAAUCCAAUUUUAUCAUAUUAAUAGCAAUAAAUCAAAAGCUGAUAUCAACUUGGAGGCUCAGAUUAAAGCAGUGUUUUUUUACCUCUACUGCAGGGAUUAAAAUUUUUACUUUAUGCUUUUGGACAAAGGACUUAUUUCUGAUUGUCAAGUUAUGUACAUUUUAGAGACAAAGUAUAUAAUUGCUUAGAAGUGAGUUUUGAGCCGCAUUUCUAGCAGCACACUCUCACUGAGAAGCUGAUUCUUCUGCCUAAUAUUUAGUGUUAACUUAAAAUAUUAUGGUUUCAUAACAAAGAUCCAGUGUGAAUAUAUAUUUUGGGUGAGAGGGUGGGGAAAACAACUUCAGGAUAAGAUUGUACUGCAGCCAGGAUCUCGCCUUCAUACUAGUAAUGAAGAAAGCCUGGGUGCCAAACACUGACUGAACAGUAUUGAUUUAUAAUUCAGAUUUGUUGUGGUAUUUCAAGCAUUCCUCAGUUUAAAAGGAAAGAAUUCUGUUUCAGUAUCAGCUGAAUGAUGCCAAGUGGUUAACUGUUGAGAGUAACAAUAUAUAGGGCAGUAUCUUAAGAGCCCUCUGCUUUAGACCUCUGCAAAGAUCAAACUUUUUAAUAUUUCCAGAAUUUUGCCAUAAUAGUCUUUGCAAUCCAAAACUGCUAUUAAGCUUUCCUAAUUAUUUUCAUGAGUUUUUUCACCUGUGUAUACAAUCUCUUUCUAUCUGGGCUAUUUCAGUAUAGAACUGACCUUCCCUGAUACCACAGUAGAAAUUCCUAGAUAUUUUCUCCUUUUACAGCGAAGCAGCAAUAUAUUAGUUCUUGAGUCACAUUCUCUACUGCUUACUAACAUCUUUGCAUUGCUUAAGUGCAUAAAGGGGCUGGAAAGCAGCCAGAUUUCCUCAGCCUACAGAAUACCCAGGCUGGUGCAGAACUAGCAUUGCUGGCCAGCUUCUAAUGCAGUCCCUCUGUAGGCACAAGCGAAGAGAGCAAGUUUGAAGAACUACUUUGUGAUUUGGCUUUUCUUUGCUGGUGGAUGGCCACAGGCAGUAGUUGUACCUUGGAGUGGCCCCUAGUCUGUCCUAAGGCAUGCAGACACCAGUGUUGGCACAGAACCAGUGCAAUCAUGGAACUGCAACCACUUCUUCUCUGGUCCCCUUCUUUGUCCCACUGUGGCCAGCACAAUAUGGGUCUUUGCCUCCAUGUUAUGUGAGGAUUAGACCAGUCACAUGCUUGGUUAUAGAGAACCAUAAGAGCAUUUCUUCUUUUCAGUACAAUAGAAGCCUUAUGGAUGGAAAUUUAGGGGUGAGAACAGUCAAGCUUAAAAACAUUUUCUGGAACUUCGUUGGAAUGUCUGUCAGCCUCUAGCAUGAGGGGGCUGAUCUGUGUUUCUGAUAUGAAACAAAUUUAGUGGCACAUUCUAAUUUUAGGCCUCCAGUAUACCGGCUUAAACACUUGUGAUCUCUCUAGCAAUCCCUUAUUGAGAGAAGAUAACCGCUCUCAGUAGACUCUAGCCAAAAGCUGCAGAGAAUAUAAGAGUAUAUUCUCCAAUAUUAUAAAACCUGUUGCAGCUGAGUAGUGUGAGUGGAAUACAGUGAAGGAAAGAUCACAAAAGGGCAUGUCAUUUCUCUUAUUAACUUCCCCCUCAGAAUGACCAGACAGUAGGAGAAAUGACCUAGCUAUGCAGUAGUUCAUCUAAACACAGUUAAUCCCUGUAUCCUAUGGUGACCAUGCAGCCUUCCUUGUAGAAAGAACUGAAGUUCCAUCUGCAGGUGCCUAAGCCCUAACAUUGCUGGCAUGUGAAGGACAGAACACACUUCUGCUAGGGGUAAGAAGCCUCAGGGCCAUCUUGGAGAAAGGGCAGCCAAUAUCCUGUUCUUAGGAAAAGUGAAAUGUGUAUUUAGACUAGUGCAAAGGUGGGAAGAGCUGUUGCUUUUUGUCUGGAAAUAGACCAGAAACCCCAGUAAUGCUGGUAUUAAAUGGAAGUAUAGAACAAAUCAAGGUUUUUUUAUGGGAAUGCUAAGACAACUGUCCAAAGGAAUCUAGUCUCCAAGGAACAUGUGAAUGCCUAGAGGUGUGUCUAUGGACAUAAAGGCUGAUGGCUGCAAAAUUAGUCUCUUUUUUUAAAAAAAAAAAAAAAAAAGGACCCAAACUGAAUAGUACCUACCUCAACAGCCUUAUGCUUAUAACAAACGAAAAGCUUUCCAAAUUCUUCAGAUGCUUUUCUUGGACUGUGUCAGUACUGGUGGUGUUAAUACUUUGGAGUAAAAACCCUACUGUAAAGUAUUUAAACUAUGCAGGCACUACUACUAGAUGACCUGUUUGUUGGAUCAACAGCAGUGAGGAGUGAUGCUGUCAGCAGCAUAGUCUGCUGCCAGUUAUACCAGAUCCAUAAAGUUGAACUAUCUGGAUGUGAUUGAUUGACUUCUGUACCUAGAUCUUGCUGACUAGUUUCUGAAGAAGUGGGAUUGAGGGAAAUGAAAUCAGCAGAGUCUGUAAGGCUGAAAAAAUGGGUAUGAGAGUUCAUUGUAAAGACCAGCAGUAGCUACAAAAAUCUGGACUGCUGGGUAUUUGAAAGAGCCAAGCUUAGAGGGUUAUUGACCUCAGCCAUCAAAGUCCAGUGUGGAAUGGGAAUGAGGCUGGUUCUCUACCACCAAAACAUGCAGUGUACUCAUCUCUAUUAAUCUUAUGGGAGAGACUGUUACCCUACUGUUUUAAUAUCUCUGCUCUAUAACCUCAUUAACUGAGGAUUAAAGUUGCACUCUACCAUACCAAAUGUAACCAGAGUGUAACCAGUUGGACUCUUCUAGGUGCAACUAGGUAGUCAGAAUUUUGUUAAUGUUGUAACUUGGUGGAGUGAAAUAACAAAAAAGGUCAGUUUUGUAACUUUAAAUGUGGAUAAAAAGGCUUCAAGAUAGCUUGACAAAACAUAGCUAAUAUGUUUAAUCAAAGCAGCUUGAAGGUAUACUCUUGUGGCAAGAUUCUCCCCCUCUGCUUUGGAAAUGAGAUUUAAUUUUCUGUAAUAAAGCAUUUUAUUGUA